AUGCCCGGAGCUGCAGAGGAGAAUUCCUCCAGAAUCUCUUACCAUGGCAUGUUCCGGAUGUAUCUAGACUCACCCAACCACAGGGGACGUGAGAACCAGGGUUUGCCAAAGCAGGCAGCUAGCACCAGACACUCUAAGGAGCAGGGGGCACGAAGGCUGGCAAGGGAUCUGAGACCCAGGUCCCCCCAUUGCAGCCCAGUAACUGGAGUUCAGCCGGAGCUGCCCUUUGCCUCUUCGAUUCUAGAAGGGUAUCAAGCGAUGAAUCGGGCAAUCCAUAGAGAGAGCGACGCUUGUCUCCCUUGCCCUGGACGGCCCAUUCCACAAGAACUGAUCUGCAAGUGGACUGACCGCAAAGGACACCACUCCAGGCAGGCUUGCUCCAGAAUAUUCAGCACCAUGUAUGAGCUAGUUCACCAUGUCACCAUGGAGCACGUCGGAGGACCAGAGCAGACCAACCAUAUUUGUGACUGGGAGGGCUGCGCUAGGGAGAAAAAACCCUUUAAAGCCAAAUACAAACUCAUAAACCACAUCCGAGUGCACACAGGGGAAAAGCCGUUUCUCUGCCCGUUUCCUGGGUGUGAGAAAGUGUUUGCAAGAGCUGAAAACCUGAAGAUACAUAAAAGAAUCCACACAGGAGAGAAGCCGUUCGUGUGUGAAUUCGCUGGGUGUGACAGGAGGUUUGCCAACAGCAGUGACAAGAAGAAGCACACCCACGUGCACUCCAGCGACAAGCCGUAUCGCUGCAAAGUCAAAGGGUGCGAGAAAUCCUACACCCACCCCAGCUCCCUGCGCAAACACCUGAAAACGCACCGCAGCCUCGAGCCAGCCCUCUCCACCGCCACCACCAAGCCCACGGGGGCGCAGGAGCCGGGGGCUGGCGCCUGCCAGUCAUUGGCCAGCCUUGCCGCUUGUCUAGCCAGGUUUGGCCUCCUAGCUUAA